AUGGAAGAACACGAUCGCGAUGUCGACGACCCUUUCCUGCUGCUUCUUCGUGAACGAGCGAUUCAGUCGCGCAAGCAGCAGGGCAUUCCCUUUGCACAGGACGACCAAAAGCAAGACUGGCCGUUGCGAUUGACACGACCUCCUCCUGCAAGGAGAUUCCGAGAAAUCAUCGAACAACACGUCCCUGUGCUAAUAGACGGCUGCAUGAAAGAUCGUCCGCUAGUUGCCAAAUGGAAGGAUACGAGCCACCUCGAAUCGUGCAUGGGACCUGAUCGGGCCGUUGUGGUGGCCAUCACCCCGGAUGGCAGGGCGGACGAUUUGAACAUACAUCCCGAGCAUGGUAGCGCUGUGUUUGCGCUUCCACUCGAAGAGAACAUGCCAUUUUCACAGCUACUGGAGCGAUUAUCGAAUCAAGUAUGCGGCAAAGCGGAUACCAUCGCCUAUCUUCAGUCUCAGAAUUCAAAUCUGAGCGUGCAAGAGUUUGGCGAUCUUUCCCCCCUUCUGCGUGCUCUCGAGUCGCGCAUAGACGCGGACCAACUGACCACCAACAGUGACAGGCGCAGCGAUUUGACGUGGGCGACCGAAGCGAUCGGGUACGCUCCUGAGGCGACCAACAUAUGGAUCGGUACCUCUGCGUCUCGCACCUCGAUGCAUCGAGACUACUACGAGAAUCUCUUCACCGUGAUUCGAGGCUGGAAGGAAUUCACUGUUUUUCCUCCGGCGGAAAGCUGCUUUCUUUGCGACGACGAAGAGUACGCCGUGUAUAGGUACGUCAAGGAUCUUGGCCCGGACGGCAACGAUACAAAGCGGCUGACACUGCAGAGGGACGGAAAGGGCACAACAACAAGAUGGAUACCCAUCGAUCCGACGUUGCCGAAACAUGCGGAGCGCAAUGUACCCUUCGUCCACCGAGACCUCAACUCCACUCGAUCGCAGCAGCAAACACCGAUUCAAAGACACACUCCACAAACCAAGUAUGGAUACGCCUUACCUGCGCUUAAGAUUCGCGUCCACGAGGGCGAGACGCUCUAUCUUCCCAGCGGCUGGUUCCAUCAUGUUUCGCAACAUCAGGACGAGCAGAUAGUGCAUGUAGAGGGACGAGAUGCCAUCGACCGUGGCCUUUGCCUCUGCCUGAACUGGUGGUACGAGAUUUCGGACGAUAUGGCUAUCAAGCUGGAAGAGACCGACCUGACAAUACCCACGUAA